CACUGUAAACAAAACCCACCGUGUGUACCCCAAGCUUUUCUAAAGCAGUCGAACCCAGACCCGUCCCAGUUUCCAUUUCAAUAGCAGAGAGGUUUUUGGUGGGGUGUGUGAAUGUUUUUCGAGUGUGUCGUAAAAUAUAUUAAUGCUAAAAAACUUUUCCCUAUUGCUGAGGCCCAUUGAAAGGCCCUGCUGUCCGCUGCAUGGCCAGUUUAACACAAAGAGGGUGAAACGGGCCAGAAAACUCUAUUGUCCUCCAUUCAUUUCCUCCUCAAUACCAGAUUAAACCGCUCGAUGGGGGGAAAGGGGACAGGAGGAGAUGGACCAGAAUGGCUUUUUUUUUUGGUCUGCUUGAAAUGAAGUGUGGUGGUAGAAGAGAAAUGUUUGUGUUGGAACACAAACACACUGAUUUCAUCAUGUCUAAACAUCACACACUACCAUGGUAUACAGCAGGCCUACUCCUGAGCAUGAACUCAUAUCACACACACAUACACAGUAGUUUUCUUUCUCUCUCUCUGUCUCUGAGGUUUUUGCAAACCACUAGCACUUACUCCACCGUUACAUCCGGGAAUUCUUUUCCUGGACCUCAGCACCACUGCCCUGGCCUUCACCGCCGCAGUGACCGUUACGUCCUGAGAUUUAAACCACUUUUAAAAACUCCUGCGCACCGCGUGCAUGUCAGCUCGAGACCCCCAUCCAAAAAAAGCAGCGUUGUUAUGGAAACGAGUCCCCUUUUACGACCAAUCGUAAACCAGAAUGCGUAAUAGGAAAGGGGGAGAGACAGGGGGCUCCUUUUUCUUUCUUUUUUUUUUUCUUUCUCUCUCUCCGUGAAAACUCGAGCGGGAGGAAAUAUAUCUACACCACCACAGAACAGAAAGGGGAUUUCGGCGGGUUGAGAUGCUUCCAGACGCGGUAAAGUGGAUCCAAACUUCUAAACUUUAAACCUGCAAGAGAGGAAAAAAAAGUUUUGUGCGCACUCGGGAAGUCGUUUCUAUGGUGACCACUGUUGUGAGGCUAAAAGAUUCGCCCCGUCUGAUGAUGACAUGGGGAGCUGGCGCGGCCCCGCGGUGUUCCUCCUGUGUCUCGCGGUGGCGCUGAAUGCCGAGCCCGCGUGCUGGCAGGCCGUGAUCCGGUGCCACGAGGAGCGCGAGUGCGAGCUCGCGUACACGCAGUACCUGGUCGCGUGCGACGGGAACAUCCGGGGCGCACUGCGCCGCUGCCCGAGCCACUGCGUAGGCGCGCUCGUGCGGUUAAACCAGACGGCGCGCGGCCCGGAUUUGGAGACGUGCGACUGUGGAGUCGACCCGGAGUGCCGGCGCGCCAAGCGCAACAUCGAGCCGUGCCUGCCGCGCGCGCACGCCCGCGAGGCCGGCGGAAUCGGGUGCACUGAGGCGCGGCAACGCUGCGAGGAGGACGCCGUUUGCCGCGCCGCGCUGGCCUCGUACCUGGCGCACUGCGGGCAGCUGUUCAACGGCCGGAAGUGCUCGGCGCGGUGCAGGGCAACCAUUGAGCAGCUGCGACUGCUGCCGGACGGCGUCCUGCUCGAGCGCUGCGUGUGCGACGGCGUGGAGCGACCCUUCUGCGAGGUCGUCAAGGACAACAUGAGCCGCCUGUGCGCGCUCUCGGACCGCGGGCCUGUCCCGGAUGUCCCGGAUUACAUCUACGAGGACGAGGAUUACGACCCGAAAACGGAGCGCGAGAUAGACGCUGUGGUUGCGCCUUCACGUGCCUGGCGUUCCUCGGGCCAUCUGGCCGUGUUCCUGGGGUCACUCGCGUUCACCUUUCUCUGGGUUUGAAAGGCUCUUCUGCGCAUGCUCAGAUCAUACUCACUGUUUAUUAUUAUUUAAUGGAUAAUACAGAUGAGAUUAUUGCUUUAUAUCGCCAUGUGCGUUGUGAUAUAUUGGUGCACCCUUUAUGUUCAUGGUUACUGAUGACCAUUGUUCAUUUAAACACAUGAUGAUCAGAACAUGAAAAAAUAUAUAUUAUUAGUCAAUUAAGCAGUAUCUGUUUUACAAAAUGCCAGUAUUCAUGCAAAAUAUCAGUUUACAAUCCCAGGGGGUUGGCUGUCUAUUGUAGACUUUGGAAUUUGGUUUUGUUUUUAUUAUUAACUGUCUUACAGAAACACCCGAAAUGUUCUAAGAGUGAAGCUAUCACCCUGGACCACCAUUAUAACACUUUCAUUUUCACGAUUCAAACCUGACCCAGGGCCAUCAGUAGCUAAUCGAAGAAAAAAUAAAAACAUAAGAACAUCUCUGUUCUUUGACCUUCUGCCUCUCUGUCCCUAUACUUCAUGUAUGGUUUGUUUAAUACAAGUGCUGUGUCAAGUGUCUUUUUUUUUUUUAAUUCAAGUAAGACAGAAGACAAACACAGGUCUCGUGUGCUGUGUGUUUGCAUAGCUCUCGUUGCCCGCUCACUCAUUGUUGAGAUGAUUACACUUCAAAUAUUUGCAGUGGACGGCCGGAGAAAAGAGCAGCUUUCAGGAUUGUGCUGUUAAAUUAAGUGAAGAGGCUCUUCACAGGCUAAUAAAUAUCCCCCACCACUUACUGCCUACUCUCUCUCUCUGUCUCACUCUCUGUCUGUCUGUCUGUCUGUCUCGUCUAAGCGUAAUGAAUCAUACCCCGGGGUGACCCUUUCCUCUCUCCCCCUUUCCUUUUCUCUCUUUUUUUAAACCUCCCUCCCCCCAAAUCUAAAGGAAAUACUUGAUCUCUCUCUCUCUCUCUCUCUCUCUCUCUCUCUCUCAGUCCUGAGUUGGGCCUUUGUUUCUGGUGGUAUAAAGUAGAUUUCUGUUGCACAACUGCUUUGUAAAAAGCCAUUUUCUCUUUUGCUUGUGAUUUGUGAGAAAAUGUAGAUGUAUUAUGCUUUUAUUUAAAAGCAGUAGUAUCUCUCUUUCAGUUUGUAAAGUUUGUUGUAAGUUUGCAGAUUUUUUUUGGCACAUGAAUGAACAAUAUCUUACACAUCUGCAUGUAGAUUUCAGAAAGAAAAAAAGUUUAUUUUUUCACUUAAAAUGCUUUGAUGUUACUCAACCUGUUACUUUUUUUUUGUUUGUUUUUUAAAUUUCUACAUUUUAAAGAUUAUUGUCUUGUGCAUUAAAUUCGAGAAGUAACCACAAUAGGUGCAUUAACUUUUUCUAGAUUGAAUAUUGCUGAAAUGAUGUUUGUUAAAUUGCCAUAAACAUUUUAUGUACAGAAAGCAAUAUAUUUAUGUUUAAGAAAGAUGAUGUAAUAAAUUUUUAUCUGACAUUU